UUGAUUGACUGGCUGGCUGCAUUUAGUGGCGGAGCGGUGUGUGCGCGGAGCCCUCGGAUUGUGUGACGAGGCUGGGAGUUCAAGUCUCUUCAACGCAGACAAUUUAGACAAAAUACCAACUGUGGUGAUGGCUGUAUGAAACCUGCAUCGAAAGAGUGCCUACGCGCGUGUGAUAAAUAUCAGCAUCUUAAAAAAAAGGGAACUGGAUUUAUAUGUCUAGAGCCUAGAUUUAUUUAACAUUUAAAUCAUAAUAACAAUGCCUGCAAUGUUAGAAGUGUCCGGGAAAAGAAGAGGACGGAACAGCGCAUCUAAUAGCAAUGCUAAAAGUUUCGCGGCGAAUGGGAACAGCAGUAACUCGUGGGAGGAAGGGAGCUGCGGAUCCUGCUCCAGCGAUGAGGAGCACGGUGGCGGAGGAAUGCGAGUCGGAGCGCAGUACCAAGCAGUGGUCCCAGAUUACGACGCCGAAGUUGCAAAGAGCUGCCAGGAGAGGGAGAACUUGGGCAUGCUGGUGUGGUCUCCGAAUCGGACCGUCUCGGAAGCGAAGCUGGAUGAAUAUAUUGUGAUUGCCAAAGAGAAGCAUGGCUACAACAUGGAGCAGGCCCUGGGAAUGCUCUUCUGGCACAAGCACAACAUUGAGAAGUCCCUGGCCGACCUGCCCAACUUCACCCCCUUCCCGGACGAGUGGACCGUGGAGGACAAGGUGCUGUUCGAGCAGGGCUUCAGCUUUCACGGGAAGACCUUUCACAGGAUCCAGCAGAUGCUGCCUGAUAAAUCCAUCGCCAGUCUUGUCAAAUUCUACUACUCCUGGAAAAAGACCCGGACCAAGACCAGCGUGAUGGACCGCCACGCUCGCAAACAGAAACGGGACCGCGAAGAGAGUGAAGAAGAAAUGGAAGAAAACGUGAAUAACUCGAGUGAUGCUGUGAUUGAUGCAAACAAGGAAAACAAAACAGAGGUAGUCUUUAAGGAUCAGUGUUCAAGCCACAUGAUCAGAUCCCUGCACUUGAAAUGCUUAUUUUCAGCUGCCAGCAAGAGCGCUACUGGUCAGGAAAAGCAGGAAACCAAGCCAGUGGUCAUUAAUAAGGUAUUGAAGCAGGGUGCCACGGCUGAGAAGACUGCCCAUGUGAAGAAGGAGCCCCAGACGACCCCAGGCAAGCACCAGCACAGAGCCAAGAAGAAGCCCCCGAAAGGGAUGCACCUCUGCCAGGCUGACGUCCAGGCCAUGUCUGCCAGCUCCACGUCUGCUGUGAAUGUGCUCCGGCAGCUGGACAUGGAGCUGGUUUCAAUAAAGCGACAGAUCCAGAGUAUUAAACAGACGAACAGUGUUCUUAAAGAGAAGCUGGAGGAUGGACUGGAUAAGUGCAGACUGCCCGAGUUCUCCUCUCUCUUUCAGGUUACUCAGAAGUUCAACGCUCGUUGGACAACCGAGGAGCAGCUUCUGGCAGUGCAGGCAAUUCGAAAGUAUGGCCGUGACUUCCAGGCCAUAUCGGACGUGAUUGGUAACAAGUCUGUGGUGCAGGUGAAGAACUUCUUUGUGAAUUACCGGCGGCGCUUCAACCUGGACGAGGUGCUGCAGGAGUGGGAGGCGGAGCACGGAGACAAGCAGAGCAGCAAGAGGGAGCCCUCCCCCGACCGCACCGGAGCCAAGAUACCAGAGGAGGAGGAGGAGGAGGACGAGGAGGAGGACGAGGAGGAGGAGGUUUCACCCGUUCUUGAUGUCAGAGACCCAUCCGCAUCAUGAAGUCAAUGAAGGGGGUGUUAAUAGAAGCAAUUCUGAACAUCUUGUUUUUUCAACUGCUGUAUGAAUCUAGGCAGUCUCAGUACAGUAGCACCAAAUCUACCCAGCCAGCCGUCUCCACAGGACAUGAAGCUGUCACCAAAAAACAAAAAGCAACACAGAAAGGGCAGCGCCCUCCCCAUCACACCCCUGCCUCGCUCUGCUUCACUUGUCAGGACUGCUUUCACUUUCCUGCUGAAAGCCCUGAGGAGCCGUCGUAGUGGCUGCUUCCCUACACACACCCGGGGAAUCCUUGUACUUGCACAGCCUCGACUGGACCCAAAUGGAGAAGGGACCACGUACUUAACUGUGCUUUCCAGAGCAAUCGCUGACACACGAGGGGCCAGCUAGGGCUGAGGCGGGGCCCCUCAUUGCAGGCUAAAGGAAAACAUGGUAAAGCCCCAGGGCCUUGGCAUUUUAUUGUAAGUAACCCACAGGUGCAGUCUGAACGGGCCGGGUGCUCUUACUGCUUUAGCAGUGAAACUCAUCCGAACGGGACGGGUGCUGUUACUGCUUUAGCAGUGAAACUCAUCCGAACGGGACGGGUGCUAUUACUGCUUUAGCAGUGAAACUCAUCCGAACGGGACGGGUGCUCUUACUGCUUUAGCAGUGAAACUCAUCCGAACAGGACGGGUGCUAUUACUGCUUUAGCAGUGAAACUCAUCCGAACGGGACGGGUGCUCUUACUGCUUUAGCAGUGAAACUCGUGCAGUGGUGGCAGUACAACAGCAUGGCUCUGGAUCUGAGAGUAGUUUGUUUAGAUCGCAUAUACUUUUAUUAUGACAUUUAUAUUUAGUUUUCAGAGAUAGAAGUAUCCAAUCAUGGGUGUGCAUGAGGCUGUUCCUGGAACCCAAUCCAAUCCCAGGGCUUCUCACUCGUUAGGCAAUGUAGCCACACUUAAUUUAUAACAAAUUAAAGUACAGCAGCUGACACAACACUGUAAAAUUGAGCAGGUCUUUAUGUAGCCCCUGUAUCUAUCUAUCCUCUGUGUGUGUGUAAGCCUCGUGUAAUAUUGGUGGUGGAGGUCUUUUCAUAGUCCUGGAGCAUGUUGUACUGUCCUGCUGUACCUUCUAGCAACUCUGAGGUGUGUGUGUGUGAGGGGUUUACAGCAAUGGACAAAAGUUUUGUAUUGCCUACAAUUUUAGGGUUGAGACAUAAUUAAAAAAUAACUGUGAACACAAUUUAGAUCUUUUAUUUAACAUCAUGUAAUCAAGGAAACUACAAAGUGAUAUUGCAAAAGUCUACCGGAAGCCAUAAGAGUAGUACAGUGUUUCAUGUUGGAUUUCGAAAUGUUUUCCAUUUUUGUCAAUUAAAAUAUAUGGGAACACUACAAAGUGGUGUGUAAUUCACUAUGUUACCGUCCCAUCAUUCAGCAGGCUUCAUUCCACCUUGUGAAGCAGAAUGUGUUCAUUCUAUAGGGGGGUGAUGCUAGACUUUUGUCCCGAGCUGUAUAAUCGCACUCCUGCCUCGGUCUCGCAGCUGACACUCAGUUGCUCACAGUCUCCUCUUGUUCCUUUUUUAAAUUGUGCGUGUACGUGUGCGUGUACGUGUGCGUGUGCGUGUGCGUGUGCGUGUGCGUGUGCGUGUGAUCAUUUUUAAUCUGCUCCGUUCCAUGCUGGUUCCACUCCGCAUACAGACUGCUCCUUGUUCUGGCAGAACUCUGGCUAUCACUGGAACAGUAAUGACACGAUUCCAUUUUAUUUUAGGUCUGUUUUAUUAAAUAAUGUGAAUGCUAUAAUUGUAUAAUGUUGGAAAGGGGGAUUGUUUGUUUUUUCAGGCAUUCUGUAAUUUAUUGUGUGCAUAAAUAUAUGAUGGUGUAAUCAAAACCUAGUUCAAAGUAUACCUUUUUCUAGUCCAAUUGAAUUGGGGGUGGGGGGGGGGGCUACUUGGUAGCCUCUUAAUGUGUUUUUAUACUUUUUCAUUGAAAUCUCAAUUGUGUGUACAGUGGCUUCAGUUUCAGCUCUUCAUUGUUACUUGAAAGUUGGCAUUAAAUGUUCUGAAACCUG